CCAGCAGCUUGACGGCAUGAGUGAUGGGCAUCCGGGAAGUUCCCCGGCCCUCUGUUCAGGCACGGAGGAGGAUGGGGGUGCAACAUCAGCUCCGUGGACUCUUGAUCCCCAAGAUGCAGGAGCAGAGGAAGAAGCUUCAGAUCCCCCCCAGAUCCCAAGCCCCAACUCAUCCAUGACAACGAAGGAGCUCCAGGAGUACUGGAAGAAAGAAAAGUGCUACAGAAAACCUGUCAAACUGCUCUUUGAGAUUGCCUCCACCAGGAUCGCAGAGAACAAUGUCUCCAAAUUUGUGAUGUACAAAAUCGUCAUCAUCCAGACGGGGAGCUUCGAUGGCAACAAAGCAGUAGUGGAACGUCGCUAUUCAGACUUCGAGAGGCUGCACAAAAACCUCUUGAAGGAUUUCAGCGAGGAAAUGGAGGAUAUCGUCUUCCCCAAAAAGCACCUGACGGGGAACUUCACGGCGGAAAUGAUCAGUGAGAGGAAACUGGCUUUCAAGGACUAUCUGCGGCUCCUGUAUUCCAUCCAGUACAUCCGGAGGGCCCGGGCCUUCACGGAUUUCUUAACCCGGGCAGAGCUGGAGGAGGCUUACGGCUGCCUGAGGGCGGGGCAGUACACCAAGGCCCUGGAUAUCUUCCUCCAAGUGGUGCCCCUGCAAGAGAAACUCACCCACCACCACCCGGUCCUCCUGGUCCCCUCCCUCUGUGCCAUGCUGGUGUGCCACCGGGACCUAGAGUGUCCUCUGGAGGCCUACGGGGCCGGGGAGAGGGCUCUCCUGCUCCUUCAGGGGCGAGGCGGGCACAGGUAUUACACGCCGCUGCUGGAGGCCAUGAUCCACCUGGCCUACCAGCUGGGGAAGGACUUUGUGUCUCUGCAGGAGAAGCUAGAAGAAAGUCAGCUCCGAAAGCUCCCAGCCAAGAUGGUGACCUUGAAGGAGCUCACCGUACGAGAGUACUUGCACUAAAAGCAGCGGGAUCCAGAGGGUAGGGGAGAGCGAUCUCCUGGGAGUCAGGAGAUCUGGGUUCUAAUCCUCACCCCAUCAGCUUCCUGCUGGGUCAUUCUUGAGGGGA